UCAACAUCGCGGUGACGCAUGACGUCAUCGCGCGUCGGUUUCCAGGUUGACGUCACGCCCGGGCCUUUCCCGCACCUUCACGGCCGCCGACGCCGCUGCUGUUUCUUGUUAACCUGCUCUGCCUCCUCUCGACUGAACCGCGGGACCUCAGGAACAACAACAGCAGCAGCAGCAGAGAGCCAUGCUGCCCGGCAGCAAGAAGGCGAAGGACGGGCCCAGGCUGCUGGCCGCGAGCUGCCCGGACGAGCGCUGCGGUGCCCGCCUGCUGCUGCCCGCGGCAGGAGGCCCCGCGCAGUGCUCGGCGUGCGGCCGCAGCUUCGAGGUGGAGGCGGCCCGGGGCCCCGCGGGCCUCUCCCGCGAGCAGGCCACCCUCCAGAACCUCCUCCGCAACUUCCUGCUGACGGGUGGCAGCGGCACGGGCGCGCUGGGCGGCAGGAAGCCCAUCGCCCCGCUCGCGCGCGUCGACGGGCUCUGCAACUACCAGUGCAAGCUGCUGUCGCCCAUCCUGACGGCGCACGGCAUGGACCGCGCGACGGGGCGCGCCCGCCUGCUCAGCGACAUGGGCCAGGGCAGCACGUUCGACUGCGCCGUGCUGGGCGACCGCGGCUUCCGGAUCGAGCCGGAGAACCUGGCCGUGGAGGGAUACGGCAGGGACCGCUCCGGCAGCAUGGUGUACCUGCGUGAGACUCUUCGUUUGAUCGCUGUUGCUAACGGGGACGAGGAGCGGCUGGUGCCCAUCCACGCGGAGAUGGACGGACACUGCCUGGUGCACGCAGUGUCACGUGCACUCGUCGGCUGGGAGCUCUUCUGGCACGCGCUCCGGCAGAACCUCAAGGCGCACUUCCGGGACAACCUGGAGCGCUACAAGGAGCUGUUCCGCGAGUUUGUGGACACGUGCGAGUGGCAGGACAUCGUGAGCGAGUGCGACCCGGCGUUUGUUCCGCCCGAGGGAGUGCCCCUGGGCCUGCGCAAUAUCCAUAUUUUUGGACUCGCAAACGUGCUGCGACGGCCGAUACUUCUGCUCGACUCCUGGGAGGGCAUGCAGAGCCCCGGGGACUACUCUGCCACCUUCCUGCCCGGCCUCGUCGAAGAGCGGCUGUGCCGUGGCCACGACGGCCGGCUGAACGAGCCGCUGUGCGUGGCGUGGAGCAGCGCCGACCGCAACCACUACAUCCCGCUCGUGGGCGUGCUGGGCCGCCCACCGCCCCGCCUGCCGGGCCUCGUCGUGCCCAAGGCGUGGGGCGUGCCGCAGGCCCUGCUGCGCCGCUACGUCGACUUCGACGAGGACGGCUCGUGCACCGUGGGCGGCAGCCGCCCUCUCCGGGGUCGCUACGUGCGUCGCCUCGUCGUCGCCAUGGAGGAGGUGUACGCCAAGCGGCACGGCGGCCUCUGCCCGUCGCUCGUGGCCGACGCACGCCACUACGUGUACCGGCGGCCCGACGAGGCGGACGUGGCAGGAGCGACAGCGCUGGCGCUGCGCGAGCGCCGCCUCUACCGUUGCCUGUCGUGCGAGGCGCUGCUGGAGUUCGACGUGCCCGCGGAGUGGCUGGCGCCCGGCGGACGGCUGUACGAGCUGGCGCGACGCUCGCACGGGCUGCUGCGCACCGACCGCUCCUACAGCUUUCCGCAUUUCGGCGUCGUGUGCUCGUACGUGGACGGGGAGGCGGAGGGCGGCGGCGGCGGCGGCGGCGGCGGCGGCGGCUGCCUGGAAGCCGACUACGGCGAGAGCGAGCUGCCGCGCUGCGCCUGGUGCGGGGCCAGUGCCGUGCGUAAGGUGGUGUCGGGCGACGGUGCGGUGCUCUACAAGAACGGCGACCGCACGCGGACGGCUUCCGGCGGCGGCACCGGCAGCGUGGGCCGCUGCGACUGCGGCUUCAAACACUUCUGGGACGGCGGCGAGUACGACAGGCUGCCCGAGGAGCUGCCCGUGACGCUGGAGUGGGGCGGAAGCACGGUGCGCGAGAUCGUCUACUGGUUCCAGCAUGAGAGUGACGCGUCGCUGAACAGCAAUGCCUACGCGGAGGCGACCAAGCUCGUGGCCAAGCACUUUCCCGGCGAGUUCGGCAGCGAGCUGCUCGUGCAGAAGGUUGUCAAUGCCAUCCUGCGGCAGACCGCCAAGAGGACCGCUGACGGGCAGCAGCGGCAGCCCGUGUCGCUGAGCGAUGGCAGUGGUCAACGGAGCUGCGGGGCGUUGGGCGAUGUCGGAGUGGAACGGACUGAGGAUGGGCAGCCCGAGGAGGGCAGCAUGGCCGUCAGCUGCGAGAGCCCUAGAAUGCAAGCGGAUGCGGAGCAAGCACCGCCAUCCAAGAUCAUCCUGACGGGGCCUAAGGGGCGGACGCUGCACCGGGAGGAGCUGACGAUGAGCCAAGCGGAGCAGGACGUGGCCAGGAGAAUAUCGGACAAGGCUCCCUCUGCUCAGCGCAAAGCUACUGACCGUAUCAAGCAGCAGCAGCAGCAGCAGAAUCAUCAGCAGCAAAAAGGCAAGGAGACUAAGGAGCCAUUGCCCACGGAGGUCACGACCACGGCGGUGCUGGACGAAGUUCCUCAUGGCGGUGCGAGUUCCGGAAAAACGGCGGUCCGCCCGGAACCGGAGAAGAAAAUCCGGGCGGCCACGGCGGACGGGAGACAAGCGACGCUCACGCUGCUUCCCAGCACCACAUUCGCCGAGCUGCGCGCCAGCGUGGAGCGGGAGUUCGGCAUCCCCGUGACGGAGCAGCGCAUCCGAUUCGGUUUCCCGCCCCGCGAGCUGAGCGCGCCGGCUCCGGGCGACGAGGACAGGCCGCUGCCACUGCAGCACGGCGAGCGCAUCUCCGUGGAGUCCCUCGCGCCAGCGGGUGACUCGCAGGCCCCCCGGAGCGGCCCCGUCGGGCAGGCCGAGCGGCGCGACGUCACCGCGGGCGGGGGCCCCGCUCGUCCGCCCUCGCCGGCCGGCAGGGCCAGGCCGGCUGGGUCGGCCGAUGAGCUCGACAAUCGGGAAAACAUCGACCUGGAAAUGUCGUCGUUGCACCUACUCGUCACCCUCACCGGCCAGGACAUGUGGUCGUACGUGAAGAAGAUGCCUUACCUCUUUCAGCAAGGAGGGGUUUUCUACAAGAAAGUGCGGAAUGACAUUGGGCUGGUCGAUGGCAAGCACGUGACGCUGCCGGAGCUGCCGGGGCGGACCCUCGUGUACAACGGCGACGCCGACCGCCUGGAGCUAUGCCUGGAGCCCGGCGGCCACUUCCCCGUGGGGCCCGAGCUGGACCGUGACGUCGCGGCCGCCCUGGAGACGCGAGCGCGCCACGACCGCACGCCCGCGUGGAGCAGGAGUCGCGAGGGUAGCCCUUCGCACCACGGAGGACAGGGCGGCGGGAGUAGCGGCAGCGGCGGCAUGAAGCUUGGCAGCGGCGGAGCCAUUGUUCGCCGCUCGGAGCAGCAGCACAACGUGCACGCCUUCCACGGCAAGGGGCACAGCCUGGUGUCGGCACCGGCGCAUUCUCCCCCAACGCAGCAAGCGCCCGGCGCGUUGUCGUCCAGAGCGACUGGCAGUGGAGGGGGCUCCUUAUCCUCGUCAUCGUCGCCCGCACGAGCCCCAAGGGAGUCGGAGGGGCGCGCGGUCCGGGUCGGCCCAGGCUUCACAACGCACCACACCGACGCGACCUCACAGGCGGACGGUAGCGCCACGACCGGCAGCUCCAUCUCCCAGGCCGCCAUCGGGGAGCAGCGGCAGCGCCUGCUCGAGAUGGUCUCCGCGAUCCAGGCGUCGGUAGAGAAGCACAUGAUGAACAGGGACGAGCAAAUUCCACCGGGCUCUCGGCGGUCAGCCGCUCCUCGUUCUCCGGCUCAGGCUAGCGCGACCGGCGCUCCCUUCGACAACAGCGGCGGCGGCGGCGGCGGCGGCGGCGGCGACACGAGCGUGCGGCAGGAGCGCACGGAGCGAAAAUCGGGAAACCUCACCCAGCCGGAAGUUCUCAACAAACUGUCGGAGCCUUUGGGAAAAGCAGCCACUCAAGUUGGUGAAGAAGAAGACGACGACGACGACGACGACCACGACCACGACGAUAACGACGACGAAGUCGCUGAAGUUGAAAGCGAUGGUAAAGGUUGCAGCGACGGGCGAGACGGCGAAAGUUCGCUCGCCGGCGUGGCGGUGGAGACUCCGAUGGAGGUGAUGGACCCCCACCCGGCGGUGGCGGUGGCAGAGGAGGAGGAGGAGGAGGAGGUGGUGACAAGACCCAGGCAGACGGAGCGGAAGAUGGUGGCGGAUGAGGAACCGGAGGAGAUGGAGAGCCAGGAUGCAGGCAGUGCCGCUGUGCCAGCGCACAUGGAAUUCACGUAAAAACGGAACACAAGCGAGCUACACGCAUUAUAUCUCUCUACUAUACAUACGCUAUAUAUAUGGAAAAAAUAAUUACAGCGCACGAGUGUGUGAGGUGGCUGGCGUGUUGGAUGCCGUUAACAAGCGUGUAUAGUGCAGUGAGUGCCUUCUGCAUGACUUUAAGCUUCCCGAGAAUCUUGAGGAUCAGAAAAGUGCAGCUGGAUAGCCAUAGACUUCGAUGCAUUUUCAUAAUUUCCGAACGAGGCUUAAAUACCAAGACAAGACUAGAUAGUGACCCGUCACUGCUUGACUGACCGCUUCACUACCAUUUAAAUCUCAUUUAAAUUUUGUAAAUUAAGUAUUUCUUUUGGUUUACAUAAAUAAACUUGUAUUUCUUUUUUAUUUCAUUACUUUUCUAAUUCCCCGAUUGGUUUACUUUUGAAUCACUAACUUAUUUUGAGCUCUAUCGUCUGAUUUAGGAACUUGCACGGGGAAGUCGCUAUGCGUGUUACGUUUCUGGCACUGCGGCGUGUGUUGGUGCGUCUCGUCAUUUGGCGAGUUACAGGGUAUGUGCGAUUAUUCCCCCCCACCCACCCACCCACCACCUCCCCUGCCUCCCACCCCAAUCCCUCCCACCCAUUCCUGCGCUUUGAAUGCAAACGUUGCGGAUGUUGCACAUUAUUUAAACGAUCCCAAGUGCGCACUUUCACCCGAGCCUGCGUUGGGGGUGCUCCGGACACAGUUUGUGUGCGCUCUCACCCAACAUCGUUUUCUGCCGAUUGCUUCACGCUUGGCCGCGCUGGUUCACAUGACGCACGUUUGAACAGCCUCGGCCGGCUUUCACGACGCUGGUUCUGGGAUGAGACGUCGAAGUCGGAAGGGGUUACCCGUGAAGCCAUCAUCAUAGCCAUCGACGUUUAGAGAUGCCACCUUGGUAACAUGCUGGAAUUGAAUUGCACACGCACGCCGACGCUGUUCACUGGAUCGGUUAAUUUUUUUGCCCAGUUCGAAGUUAGUUUCUUCUCAUCCAAUUUUACAGUGCUGAGCUGGUGGUGGAAAUUACACAUCCCUAUGUCAGGGGCAAGUCUACCCAAUAGGGCAACCACUCUGUGUUUUCCCUCCACAUUUAGAAACGUGCGUUUAGAAUAUUUGGCUGCUAUAAAUUUCCACGUGAUAAACCACUUCGUUGAGCUAUUAUUUGUGGCCAGGUCACUUCUGAAAAAGCUAUAUAGCUCAUUGGGCUUUACCUCGUAAAAUAAAAACAAUGUUUAGUUUUUACUGUUGACUUCAUCACUGAGUGCAUAGCUAUUUUGAUCCUGGGAGGACGAUGGGCUGAACCAACUGCUCACGAAGAUUUUAACUCGCAACCUUCCGAUUGCAAGCCACUCGUACUUCCGCAUGCCAAUCUGGCCAACUUCACUGAGCAAAUUUGGUAACCAAAACCAUUUUAAAUAUUAGUUGUACGUUGGCUGAGAUAAGUAAAAUAUCCUCCACCCUUGUGGCAUGCCUCGUAAUCAUGGUCUAUUUUGGACCUGCCAAAAGAAAAUCUGCUUACGUUAAACUGGCUUGGCCGUGCGAACGCCAAAAAUGCCAAAAUGUGUUGGUGUGCGACUUAUUCUAGCGAGUGUAAUAAAGUGGAACUAAAUGUAAUAGCAUAUAAUAAAAUUGAAUAACUGUAAUUGCAGACUUCUAGCACUUAAUAUUGCUGUUAGGAUGUUUUUGCUAUUUACAUUGAGUCAUGCUGAUCUGGGACAAGCGACUUCCACCGCCCAUAUGGAACAGAGCCACAUGAUAAACUGGUGCAAUGCAUAGUCAAGUGCUUAUUUUUUUUUACCGUAUACGGGCUCUGGCAUUUUGAAUUUUGUGGAUGUGCGACUUCCUGUCGAACUUACCUUUUUUAAACGCUAAAAUAAUUCCCCAGAAACGUUCCCCGUUGUAAUUCACGAGUAAAUGUUUAAAGCUCAAGCAUUUGUAGCUUUCGGAAACAUUUAGGUGUUUUGAGUUCAGAACAUUAUAUUAAAUAUUUCCCAAACAGUUUAUUGUGUGACUUCUGUGCACAUAAAAAAAACACACGCGCAAUGAAAUGGGGGGACAAGCACUACGCAGUGAAAUAAUAACCAUUGAGUUAUUAAGUAUUAGCAUGGUAAGACAUGUCAAUCGUGAAACAAAACCAACUUUUGUAAUUGAUGCAGGGUCGAUGAGGCUAACUGUGAUUGCUGCUUGUCUGGGAGUAGAUUUAAGCCAGUGUUGGUAUGUGAAAAUGAAGGCCAUCAGUCUCGCCAACAUUUCAUGCACUUAUUUUCAAGGCACCUCCCAAAAUAUUUCCUCAUUUGUGUCAUUAACAAAGUCCCAUUUUUGCCCCUGGUCCACCCAUGACAACACUUUUCACGUCUUCCAACCUUUUUGUGUGCCAGAUUUUGCAAAGUUAGACCUUUAAUUUUGGUAGACCUUGAUGAGACGCAUUUGCAUGAACCGCAGGAAAAUUUCCUUUUUCUCGUGAACUGGAGUGGCUGAUCGCAAAUCCAAGCGCCACCCAAGUGGGUUUUUUUUGGUGCCUUCCAAAAGAGGGAGCCAUUCAAACGGAUAAACCUGGAGGUACUUUUCACUUCGCUGCCACAUAGGCAAAAGUGACAAAGUUUUUAAUUGCACAGCAUGGCAGAUUUUUUUAAAGAGUGUAUGGGACUAGUGGCAUCGCGCGCACGCCGACUUGUGGAAUACGAGCGCUGGAACGUGAAGGUGCACAAGCGAUCGCCUGUACGAACUCGGCUAAAAUGGAGUCGUGGGUGGUGAACACAUUCAAUCUUCUCUGACAUUAAAACUAGACAAAAAAUUUUUUCUCACGGAUGCGACAUCGCUUUACUCCUUGCUGGCUCCUUGUGCGUGAUUUCAAAAGGCAUGGUGUUUUCACAGCUACGCUUGUGCUUUGUCGGUCAUUCUCCGAUGUACUGUAUCUCACUGUAUUGUAUAUGCAAUAAGAGGGUACAUUUACCCCUUACUAAAAUCUGAAAAAUUUGCGAGGAGGGUGCUGAUAUUACUUUGCCCUGCGAGUAAAUGUAAACAUGCAGUGAUAUAACAUUGUCUGUAAAAGUUAUCAUUUAUUUGCAAAAUGCACUGGGUUAUUAAUUUGAAACGAUCAGAAUACACACUGGUUUAUAGGUGCCCAGAAGCAGCAUUUGUCUGUAUGACCAGAUUGGUUCUAUGUGAGACGCAUGUUGUAACUUUCUCCGUAUGUCCACAUAAUCUGUUUUACUAAGUGUGUACAUAAAUUAUGCCCUGCCAAGAUUUGUUCAAGGCUUUGUGAUUAAGGAUUAUUAUUGAACUGUCCAAUCUUAAGUCCAUUGACACACGUGAUACCAUAUAUAGCAAAGGCAACUUCAUUGGGUCUACUCUUAAGCGAUGCAAACAAUAAGAUUUUAUUGCAUUGCUAAAUAGUCAAUGGAUUAAAGGCAAUGUAUCUGUACAUUUUGGCAUUGAGAAUAUCUGCAGUUAAAGCAAAUCUAACAUUGAAGGUGCAUAUUUGGUUUAAAUCGAGAAAAGAUCAUCUUAGUUUCAGGUUGUUUUAUAUAAUAUGUUAACACAGCCAUAUAAGUGUGUUCAAUAUAAAUAUAUGUACUGUACUGCAUUAUCAUCACUGCACCUUCCAGUUCUAUGGCAUUUGUACACCAGGACAACGCAGCUCCAUUCCAUCCUGGUGGUGCACUCAUCCACCUGCUGGUGCUGCUUAAAAAGGGGGCCUCCAUCCCCUCCUCAUCCCCUCCCCCCCCUCCUCCCUCCCCCCACCAAACUUAAAUAAAACCAAGAGGCUCUCAUCUUGUAGCGACACAUUUUUGUGCUGUGCGCCACAGGCAGCCCCAUACGAAUUGUACGCUUCUUUAAUCGAAGGCUUCUUCACAGUUGCAGUCAGCAAUGCCUUUGUUGUGCCACUUCACACGCACCGAAAUACUUUAUUCCACUCCUGUGAGGUUUUUUUUAAUAUAUUCGCAUCGCAUUUCCAACGGAAGGUGCUGUAAAGGGGACAAGCAUACGCCUGUACAUGUGAACACUCUUAAAAUUGUCGAAAACGCCUUAAUGUGUAGCCGACCGCCCGCGGAACUUUGGGGAGGAGGUGAAUUUGGCGCUGGUUCGCCGUGUGGCUGCUGCCUUUCCCACUCGUCUGCGGUUCCUCGUCGCGCCUCGGAGUCUUCUUCGAAAGCGAGCAAAUUGCUGUGCGGGCAGCGCGUCACAAGUUGAAAUUAUGAUGAUGAUGAUGAUGAUAAUAUUAUUUACAAAAUUUUGCGGGCUUAAAACAUUCAUAUUGCACACAAGGGUCCUGCGUAUUUUUUUUUAAUAACGUGACUAUAAUACGUGACAAUUACGAAAGUGAUGAACAUUACUUGAAAUGGGUAUGAAAUAAAGGGUCACCACAUAGUUACAACAUUAAGGCACAACAAAAAAAGUUAACAUAAUGUUGAAUCAUGUAAUAAGACUUUUAGUGGCUCCUUAAAUAUCUGAGCUUUUGGAGUUAUAAUUGACACAUUACACUAUGUUCUCUGGAUUGUAAGACAACACAAACCUUGUACCGGUGUCAAAUCCUUGUCGUACACGUGCCUGGAUUUUGUGACGUACCCCCCUAUCCAUAUUAAAAUAUGGAUAGGGUGUCGGGGGGGGGUCUUAUAAUCCGAAGAAUAUCGUACAUUGUAACUUGUCAAUUAAAUGGAGCCCCCACCCGCGCAGCGGGGCACAGACAGCCUGGGUAUGCGCGUGUGCGCGCACAUACAAGAUGAGAGAGCUAUUGUUUUUUGUUGGUUUUAUCGAAUCGUGGAUCGGGGGAGCGUGGAAGACGAUUAAUCUUGGCCGCUUGCGCCAAGACUGCCAGCACGAAAAGGUCUCAACGCAAAGUAAACAUCAUCCCGAUCCCUUGGCCGCCUUCCAAUGUCGGUGUCAGGCUUUUUCAACCCCGCGGUCUUAACGUCCCGCAUUCGGCCAAGAAAAUGUGCAGUUCAAGCAAUUUAACAUUUGAGUGAAGGUCACUGGUAAAGAUUUCAGCCCCGUGGCGUGGUGGAUUGUAGGAUUUAAAAAAAACAACGUGUCAUGAAUUCGCAACCCAAAUGAUGAAUAGCUGUAAUAUUGUAGAGACACGCCUAGGCUGUGUCCUGGAUUUUUCGAUAAGAGUUUGAUGGUUCAUUAAUGAGAGAAAAGAAAACAGGAAUUAUUAGGAUUAUUUUUCGUGGCAUCACCAGUCCCACCUUCUAUUUCGUCGUGAUUUUAUUGUCUUUUUUCCCCUUACAAAUAACAGCUUCAAACCCUCAGUACACCUCGGAACACUGCAUUUGUGUGUAGCUACACAAGCAGUUUCGUCUAAGACAUUCUACAUACAGUGUAUUGCACGUAUUAUGCUGAUUACCAGCACUACCAAUUAUACAAUUGAACUCGUACCGUAAUUUUCUCUGGUAAGAUUGGAAAUGUUAAACUACGCCGUGAUGAAAAGAGUCUUGAAAUUGAGCCCCACCACUGAGGGUAAGGAAAGCUUUUGAUUUGUACAUCGUUACACGGAAUUAAAGCUUUCGUGACUGCAUAAAAUUACCGAAAAAAACAAUUAGUAUCUAUACACGGGUUGUCGGGGUUUGUUUAAUUGCUGUGUGACUACUUUUGAUGUUCUUUUGAUUACAUUUACAUCUUGAUGCAUUUAUGGAAGUCCAUUAGUGCGUUACAUAAUUUGAAUUGUCGAUGCUACUACAUUUAGUGUGCCCACUAUUAGCCUCCUAACAAUACAACUCAACAUAUUCGUCAAUGAUAUAGACCGUGGCCUUGAGCGGAAACGUAUAAUUGGCGACCGAUUACGUAAUCUUCAUUUUAAGGCCACGGUGUUAUUUAUUGAUGACCGUGUUGAGAUGCAUUUGUUAAUUGUGCUUGUUCACCAUUGCCAACGCAGCAUCAACAAAUAAUUCUCCAUAUAGCGAAGACCAUUCAGCAGUGAAAAAAAAACGGGUUCUGUAUACAACAUUAAAAUCAUUACAUACGUGGCAGGGUUUAUUGCACCAGUCCCGUACAAUGUAUUUUAUAACAACUAUACCCCGAUGCGUUCAUUAGUUUGUAAAUGCUCUUCGUGCGGGCGUUAAUUAAAAUGUAUAACCGCACGUGCAUGGCUACAGUCUGUCGAUACACAUGACUUGAUUAGGGCUAACGAUCAGUUCAUACGACCCCUUCUGCAUAAUGUAUGCGCGUUGGCUUUGUGAUUGGUAAGCAACACCACGCAAAGAGCUCCACCACCUGGGUUAGACUCCUGGAUAAUGGUGCAGAGCCUCCCUGAAUAUGAAUACCUAAUCCUUUUUUUUAGCAAUAAUGAUUAUGCCAUUAGAUUGUCCCUGGGAACCCAUCGUUGCGUUUCAAGACUUGCUUGUCAGGAGUGCUCUGCAUUGGGAUGUUAAACUCAUCCCAUCUCAUGCAUGUUUGGCAUAUGCCUGUGAGCCUCCCCUUAGGUCGACUCAGCCUAAAGUGGGUAUGGCUGAUGUGGCAGCGGUGGUGGUGAACUUCCGCGCUGGGAAGACAAAGGCGGCCGAGUGUGAGGGAUGAUGACAGUCAUAUCUCAUCAUGGCAAGAAAUGUUUUGGACAGCUUAUACAGAGUGCUUCAAAAAAAUGUUAACACUUGGGGAGAAUUUGCAACACCACCACGAGAAAUGUGCCUCCGGGCUCUGGAGAAGAUUCCAGGCACGUGUUGACAACGAUGGCGAACAGAUGGAGACUAUUUCACUUUAAGAAGCUAUUAACAUUACAUUUGUUAUCAUUUAGAGUGUGCUAUCCGUUCUUUUUCCAUAAAAAAAAUCGAUAGUCCCAUAUAAGUUAAAAAUCUUUGAAGCUCCCUGUACUGCGUAGGUUGUGCUUGGUUGUACCAUGUCGCUCUCCGCUGUGUUUUCGGGUCGUACCACGUGUUGUUCGGCAUGUACCACGUGUAUGUUUUGGGCAUGAUGUCCGACGUUUCGUUCCACGUGCUUAUUCAUGACCUGACGGGAGCAGAUCACAGUUCUCCCUCGAUUAUGUUAAAGACAUCGCUGUAUAAAAGGUGUCGGCCAACGUUAUUAUCGCGCGUUAUGAAGGUGCUAAAAACAACACGCGGUUACAGCUAAACACACACACACACACCGAGAGAGAAAGUUGAAUCGGUUGUCGAGUUGGUUUCAAUAAAUCAACUUGCACCAGUCACAUACUUCACAAGGUUCUGGGCAACUGCUUUUGCAAACAGUCCUCUGGGGACCAAGGCUGCACGCAUCUUGGUGGGUUUGACACGCGCUUACGCAUGCCCCUGCACGGCAAUGUAUAAUGUAAGUAGUCAUAUAAGAAACGCAAAAUCAUGCUCAUAGCAUCUCCAAUGCGCAUCGCUGUCCGGUCACACUGUGUUCAUUAAAUGCAUUUUAAGGUUUCUCUUGAAGUGGUUGGAACUCAAGGUUUUUUUUUUGCUUUUUCUUGAGUUUGGUAUUUAUGAUUAGCCCCCACUACUGCUUUCGGGCGUCCCUUUGUGAAACAAACACGCACACUCACCUGCUUUAAAUGAAGGGGAAGUGAUGAUCUAUCGCCUCUUGAAGGGCGCUGUGCCCUAACUCUCAUUCCAGCAACCAGGGGAACAUUGGAAUGGUUCCAGCGGGCACCUGCUGCUCGCAUUCCAAAGCAACGCAUCGGUACCCACCCUUAGCACGUGGUUAUUUUUUUGCUGCUGCUGACUGUAACCCUCCUCCACCCAAAAGCGCUCGCGGCUCCAAACCUUCGCGAAUUACAACCACCAGCUUUGCACAUCUCCCAAUCUCCUCCACCACCACCACCACUACGUGGGCGCGCGCGGUGAGUGAAGUGUGCCGGCGGGCGGCGCGAUGUUGAUUGUGGGUGAUUGCGCAACGGGCCCAUCUGCACCGCAGAUUUGCGAAACGCGCGCGUAGGAGACGGCUCAUCAACAGCCAACUGGUCUGAAAUUAAAAUAUAUAACGUG